CGGCGGGCAGGUGGGGAGCAUAUCUUAGAGCGAUUGGAUAGACGUCUCGGUAAUGCAUCGGCGUUGGCAGAAUGGGCAGACCUGAAGGUAAUUCACCUUACCGAUUUGGGCUCUGACCAUAGGAUGCUCCUUGUAUAGCUAACUAAACAAGGACAUCACCGGCAUACUCGGUUCCAUUUCGAUGGGCGAUGGAAUUCCAAUGCUGAGGCGAUGGAGAUAAUUCAAAGGGCGUGGUCCAAACCUCUGCGUGGGACAGCUCAAUUCCGCGCCUUUAAUCAGCUCAAAACAGUCCGCCACGACCUGGUGGAAUGGGAAAGGUUAGGUACUUCAAAUUCAGCCCGUCGGAUCAGGGAGCUCCGAACUGCCAUCGAGGAUCUCCGCGAGUCAGCACAGGUAGAUUGGGAUGCUAUUCGCUUGCUUGAACGGGAGCUGUCAUCUGCCUACAUUGAGGAAGAGAGCUUUUGGCGGCAGAAAUCGAGAGUUGGUUGGCUCCGGGAAGGGGAUGCCAACACCAAGCUCUUCCAUCGCACGGUAUUGCAGCGGCGACGGUUUAAUCGGCUGCGAGGGCUUAAAGAUGAGACAGGAACUCUGCAACAUGAAGAGGAGGCCAUGGCAGGUAUUGCUAUACCAUUUUAUCAAUCUAUCUUUUCUUCUAACAAUGUGGAUGCCUCCUCGUAUGUGGAUUCUUUAGGUAUUUGCAUCAGGGUCACUAGAGAGAUGAAUGAAGCUUUGAUUGCUCCAGUUUCUCCCCUGGAAGUCAAGGAAGCUGUGUUCCGGAUUGGCAGUCAUCAGGCCCCUGGUUCAGAUGGGUUCACAGCUGCUUUCUUUCAAGUUCAUUGGGAGGUAGUGGGUUCAUUGAUCACAGAUGCAGUCCUCAGUUUCUUUAGGUCUGGUUGGCUCCUGCACAACUUUAAUCACACGCUGAUUUCCUUACUGCCGAAGGUGCCGAAUGCUGAGUCCAUGCGCCAAAUCCGUCCCAUUGGGUUGUGUCAGGUAUUUUACAAAAUUAUUGCUAAACUUUUGGCAGCUAGGCUCAGUGUGAUUUUGCCUGAAGUGGUAAGCUCUACUCAAAAUGGCUUUGUGCGUGGUAGAUUGAUUACUGAUAAUAUUCUGAUUGGGCAAGAGGUUAUGCAAUUCCUGAAAACUAAAGUGCAGGGCCGGGAUAAGUGGAUGGCACUUAAAUUGGACAUGGAGAAAGCUUAUGACCGGGUUGAAUGGUCAUUUUUGUUGCUGAUUUUGGAACGGUUGGGGUUCUGUCUUGAGUGGCGCCGCUGGGUCACUGCUUGUAUUUCCUCGGUUUCUUUUUCGGUUUUGAUUAAUGGUCAUCCCCACGGGUAUUUUAAGCCGCAGCGGGGUCUGCGUCAAGGUGACCCCCUUUCGCCCCUUCUCUAUGCAAUUUAUACUGAAGCCUUUUCGGCAAAACUGUCUAGUGAGAUUAUGGCGGUGAAUUUGCAUGGUUUGCGGGUGCAUAGGCAUGCGCCUUUGACUUCCCAUCUUUUGUUUGCCGAUGAUACUUACUUGUUCCUGAGAGCCUCAUUGCGGGAAUGUGCUAAUUUACUGUCUUUGUUGGAUGAGCUAGAGAGGGUUAGUGGGCAAAAAGUUAAUCUGUCUAAGUCUUCGAUGUGUGUUAGUGCUAAUGUUUCUGACCAGGAACGGCUGGCGUUGGGAUCCUUUCUGGGGGUGGCGGAUUCCACUUUGGCUGACAAAUAUUUAGGGCUGCCGAUCCAUGUGCAAAGAUCCAAGACUCAGACUUUUAGGUUUGUUGAGGAGGGACUAGCUGCUAGGAUCAGGUCGUGGAAAUCUAAGGCGAUGUCUCUGGCUGCGAAUGAAACGGUGAUCAAAUCUAUUGGUUCGGCUUCCUCGAUAUAUACUAUGUCUGCUUUUCGUUUGCCUUCUUUCACAUGUCGCAGGUUAAAUGGCCAGUUAUCCCGGUUUUGGUGGGCGGAUCAGGAUAAAGAUGAUGGAAUACACUUGCUAUCAUGGCAGGAGGUGUGCCUUAGCAAGUUUGCAGGGGGGCUUGGCUUUCGGGAUUUCGAACGAUUCAACAUCGCUCUCCUGGCAAAGCAGGCUUGGCGGGUACUGAUGAAUCCAGAUUCCACGUUGGCGUCGCUGUACCGGGCGAGAUAUCAUCCGCAUACAUCGUUCUUGGAGGCGACACCGGGUCCGAGACCAUCUUGGGCUUGGCAGGGCAUGCUGGCCGGGAGGGAUCUUCUAAUUCGGGGCCUUCGCUGGCGGAUCGGGGAUGGAACUACUGUCCAAGUUUUAGCAGAUAAGUGGCUCCCCUCUAAUCCUCCCUCCAUUCCUUUGCUGCAGCCGCAUAUAAACUUUUGCCCUGUAUUGGUUUCUGAACUCAUUUGCCCAUUUUCCCGGUCCUGGAACGUGGACCUUCUAACCAGCCUGUUCUUGCCUGAGUCAGUGUCAUUAAUUCUUUCUAUCCCGCUUCUUUUGCAGGCCUCCCCAGAUAAGCUCAUUUGGCAUCACUCCCCGACCGGGGAAUACACGGUAAAAACCGGUUACCACGUUCUCACUGACGAGCUGCUCUCUGUGCAUCCUCCUGCUCCAUUGCCUUAUGAUUGCAGGUUCUGGAAGGUACUGUGGAGUUUACCGCUACCGCCUAAACUGAAGUUCUUUUGGUGGCGGGUGGUCCGCGGCUUCCUUCCCGUGCGAGCGGUACUACAAGUCAAGCGGCUAGUCACGGAUAAUACGUGUCCGAUUUGUUCUGAAGGUGCCGAAACCAUUGGACACUCCUUCCUUCAUUGCCGGGUAGCCGUGGAGCUCUGGGCGAUGGCUGGGUUGGGGAAUUUGAGAAGACGGUUGGAAGGUUUGUCGCAUUUGAAUUGCUGGCAGGUUUUGUUCUUUUCUUGUCACCUUUCGAAAACGGAGAUUGCUGAUGUAGUUUUCCUGUGUUGGCGAGUGUGGAAAUCUCGCUGCUGGGCACUUCAUAAGCACAUCCAAUACAUGGGGCAGGCCCUGUUUCGCCAGUUCCGGGCGCAGGUCGAUGAGUGGCAGCUUGCGUCUGCGCCGUUGACGCUUCACAGGGGUGGUGGGGGAGCUCGUCGGGCACGGAUGGGAGCUACACAGGAAGCACGAAACCUGGUUCCCGCCGGGGUUUGCCCAGCAGAUGGUGUCCUGGUCCGCUUUGAUGGAGCUUGGAAGAAGGAUGCGGGUGUUGGCAUAGGUUUUGUCGGCUUCUCCAACAACGGACAGCUGGUAUUCGCGUUCGGGAGGCAUUAUCCAGGUGUGUCGGAUCCUUUUAUUUCGGAGUUAUUAGCUCUUCGUGAUGCGGUUAACUGGUGUGUCUUGCAUGGAUUUGGUUCGGUCAAUUUUUGUGGAGAUUGCCAGCUUUUGAUCCGCAGGAUACGGACGAGGGAGGUGAACCAUGGAAUGGGAGGUGCGCUCUUGGAGGAGGUCUGCUCGGCGUCUGCGUUGUUUAGCUUUUUUUACUGUAAUUUUACGCCGCGGUUGUACAACAGGGCUGCCCAUUUAGUGGCUUCUAAUGCCCUUUCAUCGACAGUUCGGCUACUGGUCGACUGUCGCGUGUGUUUGUCAAGUGUCAUGUAAUAUCUAUAACUAUCCCUAUCUAUGCCAAAAAAAAAAACUAAAUUAAUUAUUAUAAUUAAAUUAAAAUAAUCAAAAUAUGAAUAGCAAUAUAUCAAACCGUUAACAAAUACGUACAUGAGAUGUUCGUAAUGAGUUUCAGUUGAGAGAUGUUCGUAACGAGACUCGAGGGGACUGCGGUGGUACCACUACCAACAUGCGUUCUAUCCAUCCAUGCAGCAUAUCACUUUCAAGAAUACCCAAAAGAAGCCACAGAAACGCAUAAACAUAAGUGCAGAAUGAAAAACUCCAAGACACGAUUAAAGAUCAUCUGAAGUUCUGCAUAUCACUACCAAUUACCAGGUUAAACAAAAAUGAUUCCGUUCUCCUUAAUGGUGUCGAUAACAAUCCCAAGCUUGCCCUCAAUCCUCUCGUUCUUUCUCGGUUCGUAAGACAUUACAUAUACAUCGGCUUCUUUUGAUCUCUCUGCUAUAAGCUCACCAAUAAGUCUGCAGGCACUGUGAUCCGUAAGGGAGGGUAAACUAUUCCUAAGGUCCUUGGAGUUUGUGGUAGCAACAGAUAUUACUUUGCUUGUCCCCCGGUGCAUCACUUUGGCAUGGACAAAUCUCUUCGAAAAGAAAACGUUUAGUAAGAAGGGCCUCAUGUACAUGUCAGUCCUCUGUUUCCAUGACUUCUUGUUUGGUUGCUUUGCCAGCUCACCACGAGAUCUCCUGGUCCACGCAGCUCGAACGAAAGGACUGCGCGAAUUCUGCAACACGAGAGGGCUUUAUAAUGCAAAAUACAUGGCUGAAAUUUGAGUGUAUCUUGUCCUAGCAAACAGGAAUUCAGUAGAUGACAGAAAAGAUGAAUGAAACGUAAUCAACUGGCAACAACAACGGUCAAGAGGAAGGGGAACAACAUACCACAACACCAGUAUCCUAGGAUGCCUAACAGUAACAGUACUGAAAUGCAUAGCAAGAAAAGUUAUGUUCCUCAAUGAAAGUUGAGAAACUAGUCUCUUCAUGGGGACACACACUAAUCCUGCUUAAAGCACUUGUUAAUCAAGGGGAGUUGUGCACUUAAUAAACAAUGUUGCUUACAAUAUCUCUUGUUCAGCAGAAUUGGUUCAACAAAAGGUCCCAACACACUCCAAACCUUACUAAGCCGACGUGCUGCGUAGAAGACGUGCAAACAGGAAUAUCGACUUCUUACGGAUAACAGUCAUCCCUCAUCAUAUUGGACAAAGCUUGCAAGACAGGAACAGCUGAGAGACAGCUUCAAGCUACUAAAUGAAUAGAAUGAUUUGAA